AGGAUAGAAAACUGCCAGUCCGCGUGUCGGUACCGUAGUUAUGGACCAGCCGGUUGAGUGCUGGGCCCAUGGUCCAGGCGACCUCCCCGCAAGGCUCCGCUUCCAUGCCCCUCCCCCACUGGGACUCUAGAGGCGCUGGGACGGCCCGGAGCAUCUUUUAAUCCGGAGGCCCGCUUUCCCUUCCUCCCUCCCCCGGCGGAGGCUUCGGAGGGGCUGGGAUUGUUCCCCAAAGCGCGGAUUUAGGGACCCCCGAGGUCCGGCCCCUUCCUGUUGCAGAGAAGGAAACGGCGAGGUUCCGCGAGCAGCUCAAGUUAAAAAUGGCAGAAACAACCACUUCUCCACUGAAGCAUUUUGUGUUGGCUAAAAAGACGAUUACUGCUAUCUUUGACCAGCUACUGGAGUACGUGACUGAAGGCACAAAUUUUGUUGAAGCAACAUAUAAGAAUCCAGAACUUGAACGGAUAGCUACCGAGGAUGAUCUGGAAGAAAUACAGGGCUAUAAGAAUAAACUAUCAGUCAUUGGUGAGGUGCUGGCCCGGAGGCACAUGAAAGUGGCAUUUUUUGGCAGGACAAGUAGCGGCAAGAGCUCUGUCAUCAAUGCGAUGUUAUGGGACAAAGUCCUUCCCAGUGGCAUUGGUCACACAACAAACUGCUUCCUGAGUGUCGAAGGAACAGAUGGGGAUAAAGCCUAUCUGAUGACUGAAGGAUCAGACGAGAAGAAAAGUGUCAAGACUGUGAACCAGCUCGCUCAUGCCCUUCAUAUGGACAAAGACCUGAAAGCUGGUUGUCUUGUACAUGUAUUUUGGCCCAAGGCAAAGUGUGCAUUAUUGAGAGACGACUUGGUUUUAGUAGACAGUCCAGGUACAGAUGUCACUACAGAGCUGGAUAGCUGGAUCGAUAAAUUUUGUUUAGACGCUGAUGUCUUCGUUUUGGUAGCAAAUUCAGAAUCGACACUAAUGAACACGGAAAAACACUUUUUUCACAAGGUUAAUGAGCGACUUUCCAAGCCUAAUAUCUUUAUCCUGAAUAACCGUUGGGAUGCCUCUGCCUCAGAACCAGAAUAUAUGGAAGAUGUACGGAGGCAGCACAUGGAGCGAUGCCUGAAUUUCUUGGUGGAGGAGCUCAAAGUUGUGGAUCCCUCUGAAGCACAGAAUCGCAUCUUCUUUGUUUCAGCAAAGGAAGUUCUCAGUGCUCGAAAGCAAAAGGCACAAGGAAUGCCUGAGGGAGGUGGGGCACUUGCUGAAGGAUUUCAGACAAGAUUCCAGGAAUUUCAGAACUUUGAACAGAUCUUUGAGGAGUGUAUCUCGCAGUCAGCAGUGAAAACAAAGUUUGAACAGCACACUAUCAGAGCUAAACAGAUAAUAGAUACUGUGAAAAACAUAAUGGAUGCAAUAAACGUGGCAGCCGCAGAAAAAAGGAUUUAUUCCUUGGAGGAGAGGGAGGACCAGACUGACAGAUUGGAUUUUAUUAGAAAUCAGAUGAACCUUUUAACACAAGAUGUUAAGAAAAAAAUCAAAGAGGUGACUGCAGAGGUAGAGAACAAAGUUUCAUGUGCUAUGACAGAUGAAAUUUGUCGUCUUUCUCUUUUGGUCGAUGAGUUUUGCUCUGACUUCCAUCCUUCUCCAAGUGUGCUUAAAGUGUAUAAAACUGAACUAAACAAGCACAUAGAAGAUGGUAUGGGAAGAAAUUUGGCUGAUCGCUGUUCCACUGAAGUCAAUGCCUCAAUGCACCAGUCGCAGCAGGAAAUGAUUGAAAAUUUGAAGCCAUUGCUUCCUGCUGGCAUACAAAAUAAGCUCCAUGUAUUAAUCCCUUGUAAGAAAUUUGAUCUCAGCUAUGAUCUCAAUUGUCACAAGUUGUGUUCUGACUUUCAAGAAGAUAUUGUAUUUCGUUUUUCCUUGGGUUGGUCAUCCCUGGUUAGCCGGUUCCUGGGGCCUACAAAUGCCCAGAGGGUACUCUUAGGAUUAUCAGAGCCCAUCUUUCAGGUGCCUCGAUCUAUUGCUUCUACUCCCUCUGCUCCUCCUAAUGCUGCAACCUCAGAUCUGGCGUCUCAGGAAGAAGUGAUGGUUACCUUAAUAACGGGCUUAGCUUCUUUAACGUCAAGGACUUCUAUGGGAAUCAUUGUCGUUGGAGGAGUGAUCUGGAAAACAGUGGGCUGGAAACUUAUAACAAUUUCCCUAAGUAUGUAUGGAGCUUUGUAUCUUUACGAACGGUUGACUUGGACCACUCGAGCAAAGGAGAAAGCCUUCAAGCAGCAGUUUGUAAACUAUGCAACUGAAAAACUGCAGAUGAUUGUUAGCUUCACAAGUGCUAAUUGCAGCCAUCAAGUGCAGCAGGAAAUGGCUACGACUUUUGCUCGUCUGUGUCAACAAGUUGAUGUUACCCAGAAACAGUUGGAAGACGAAAUUUCUAGACUGUCCAAAGAAAUAGACCAGUUGGAGAAAAUACAAAACAAUUCAAAACUUUUAAGAAAUAAAGCAAUUCAGCUUGAAAACGAUCUGGAGAAUUUUACGAAGCAGUUUCUCCAUCCAAGCAAAUAGAAGAAUCUCAGCAGAUGGUUCUGGUGAUACCAGAAGAAAAAUUACUAAAUAUGAAUUAUAUUGACUGUGCUUGUUGAAAAUUGCAAAUCUGGGUUUAGAUUCUGGAAGUGAACUAUCUCAAGGUGUUUGCGUUUCUUAACAAUGGUUCUGUGGUAUGUUUGUAUGCUUAGUUGUAAUGGGGGUGAGGGUGGGUGGGCAAAGAACCAAAUCUUUUGCUGAUUUCAAAUAAUGAAUUUGUGAAAGGAAGCACAAUUAACUGAGAGACCUAUGGCUGGGGAAUGGGCUCUUGAGCUCCUCAAUAGGGUUUUGUUUGGUUCUGAAAAAACCCGGCUUCCUGGCAUCCAGGAAUUAGAAAGGCCACUUCAGUCCCAUUUUCCCCCCCCCAGAAUAAUUUUCAGUGCCCUCUUUUAUUGAGAGUAACCGGUCUUUUAUUUUAUUUUUUUAAAUACCCAUUUAUUAGCCAAGAAGAGGAUUUCUUAAAGUGUUAUUUAUGCAAAUAACAAAGUUUUGUCACAUUAAUAAGUUUUUCACUGUUGCCUGUUACAACUGCCUAAUCAAAAGUCUUGUCUUCAAAUUGUCAUUCACUUAGAAGAGGUUUUGUGGGUAAUUUGCCUCUGCUUGGUAAAGGAACACCAUCAACAAAACUCCUGAAAUGAAGUUAGAAGUGUCAGAUUGAUAAAAAUAACAGAGCCAUAUAGAGCUGUUAGAAUCCAGUGUGUCAGGGAGCUAUACGGGAGUACUUUUGACGCACAAAAAUGAGCAGUAUAGACAGAUUUCAUGUGGAACUGUGUUUAAGUAGGAUUGCCCGAUGACCUUUAAUUUGACCCCAAGUGAAUUUGCUAGUUUGGACAGAAGUUGAAGUGGUUUGAAUUCAUCUUACCAAGGCUUUCAUGUGCUUAGUAGAUGGUGAAUCAUUCAGUUUGCUUUUAUAUCCACAAUGGAGUUGACAGUUAAUGUAAAAAUGAAGAAAAAUUCUGUUGCUCUCGGGGGGGUUACUGUACUGACUAGGUUUGACAUUAUAUUGGGGCAAGAACAGAAUUUCCCACUCUUUUAUUUUAGGUACCAGAGCUGAGCUCUUUCCCUGGGCUGCCUGAGCAGUUUUCUGUUGAAAACAUUUUACUGUAAAUAGGGAUUUUUUUUGGGGGGGAGGGGGAUUAUUCAUUCUCUGCUUCCCUUUUUGUGCCUUUAAGGCUCUGAAUGCUAUUUAUUAUUCGACUUUCUCCAGGCAGAUGUGCCUGUAUUUUUAAAGAAUAAAUAGCAUUGUUUUUUGGCCAUUAAAAAGUCUUUCAAAUUAUUUAUAUAUUUUUAUGCAAAUUAAAUGUUUAACAGAAUAAAAUAUUCAGGUCCAGAAUUGAAUGAAAAGUUAUUAAAUUGUACAGACUGCUGAUAACUCUUAACAGGGCCCAACUGAAGAAUAGGAAAAGUGGCAACAAGUCUUUGAUUAGAGUUCAUACUCACCUUGGGCCACAGGUUGGCCCCAAGUAUGAGCCGGCUCUCCUGUAUGCAUGUGGACAGUGCAGUGGCUUGGUUGCCACUUGAUUAGCAUAGCAGUCAUUUGUUUCCUUCAGUACUUUGAAAUAAAGAAUUGCCACCUGAUUGUUUGGACAUCUGUUGUAUGCAUGUUGGAAAUAGGAAAAGAUGGCUUAAGAAACCAAAACUAACCUCUUUUCCCACCCCCACCCCCCCAAUGCUAAAGCCUAUAACUUGCACAGAAAUUAUGUGAUUUUAGUACUAACAUGGUUCAGACUUUUGCCAGAUACUUGAUGUUAAUUUUCUAUGUAUGUUUGCAAGAUCAUUUAUAAACUUUGUAUAAUCCUAAACUUUUUACAGUUAUUUUAUAGCUGUUCAGAUUUCCAAGGGAAAAAUAAAAGCUAUACCCAUUGUUUGCCCGAAUCUAGAAAACAUUUAUAAUGGCAUCAAAUUUGUAAAGAGGUACAAGCUUCUUGGGAAUAGCUUCUAUCUUGAAGAGACUGUGAUCACCUUGUCCUCUUGCAUGGUUUUGCUUUCCCUGUGGUGAUCUUGGCACGGACUCUGGCAUAUGGCAGGGCUAACUAACCUCUCUGGCAGUCGAGCCUGAUUGAUACUCAGACUUGCUGAGUAGUAAUUAACUGAACAUAUGUUACAUGUGAGCCUUCAGGGAAAGAGCUACCCUGCAUUUUGACUGGAGCACUUGCUAAUUUAGGGGGUGGUGGUAGAAUAUUCUUAAAACAAAUCCAAAUCAUUCCCGUAAUUGUGUUUAACAACCACUGUACCACGAAAAGACCUCCUGAAAACCUUCACUGCCUUUUUUUUGGGGGGGGGAGGAGAGAGGUUGGAAGGAAUAUGGGUGUCCCAUCUCUUGGAAAGUCAUGACAGAUAGUCAUGAGGUAUUAUUGACUUUUCUAAAAUCCAUACAAACUAGCUUGGAAUUCUGGUGGUCUACAAUAAGGGACAACCAAAAUUCUUAAUAGGCUUAAUUCCCUGUUGGGAAAUGUACCGAACACUGCCCAUAUUGUAGAGGCAAGUGCCCUUUAGAGACUGAAGCAUGCACUUGAGAAAAGCAGGGCAAUUAUCAACUACUAUUGGUUGGCUAUCUAGGAAGCUGUGGGAGGAAAAGACACUUCUGUUACAAAGAAUCUGGUUAAAAGCACUUUUUUAUUGGUUACAAUAUCAACUCAUGGCAACAUGUUUCACUGAGCCACUGUACAAAUACAAAGAUCAAAUCCAUUGGAAAAAGCUAUAAACAGAAGUUCAUAGCAAGUGACCAUUUUCACAGGGAAGUCAUUGAUGCAAAAGCACUAUUGGAGAAUGCACGGCACAAGUCCCUGGUUUUUAUUAGCUUAAAUUAAAGCUGUUAAGACUUUAUCUGGAUACGGACACACUCCAAAGGCAGUGUGGAAUCAAUUCAUCUUUUGUUAUAUUUACUGACUUAAUCUGGUCCAAGUCAGCACAGAGUGUGUAAAACAAAUGUUCUAAGAUGAGAAGAAAUAUAUUGGAAAUUUGACCAUUAUACAGUGACUGCAAAACAAAAGUUUUUAAAAACCAAUUACAUUUGGACUCCUUUGGAUGUAAUAUAUGUAAUACAAGUAUUCGAAUGCCUCUUUGAAAGGAGAAAAAACACGGAAUAGAGCACCAUUGUGUAAGUAAAAACAAAGGCUGGAAAUAUCUAAAGACUAUUCCACUGAAGU